UAAUCAUUUCUUACUUUCGCGUUGACCAACCAAAAGGUUUCACCGGCGAUUCUUCAGCUGCAGAAAGAAAUUGCUCGUGCUCCACACCAUUCUCCCGCAGUUCAAGGUCUCAAUUUCGUUUCCUUUUUUUGUUUUCCAUUUCCAUAAGGUCUGGUCCUUUUUAUCUGGGGAUUUGAGGGAAAGAUUGAGGAGUUGUGAGUUUUUUGAGGUCCCAACGAGGAAAGUUGUCAUUUUGUUUCUCUGGGUGAAAGAAUCAAGGUUCUGGAUUUCAGCAGAUAGAUUCAGGAUUUAUCUGUCUUGUUAGUGCUUCUUGGGUUUGAGGCUUGACAAGAAGAUCUAGGGAUUUUGCUUUGUCGGUGGAAGAAUUGAGAUUUUUGAAUUUAACCCUUGAGGUUUUGGAAUUAUUGAUUACUGAAAUUUGGGGUUUUUUUGUUGAAGAAGAAGGAAAAGUAGUUAGGUUUUUGCUGAGGAAAAAGUGGAGUUUCUAGUCUUGAAAAAAUGGAUCCAAAUCAGCCACCUUCGAAUAGGCAAACUGAUCAUUUAGGUGUGAACAAGAUUGGGAAAAACAUCAAGAAAAGCCCCUUGCAUCAGCCUAAUUUUGCUAGUGCUGCUGGAAGGCAGCAGCCUCAGCCCCAAGUCUACAAUAUCAACAAGAACGAUUUUCGCGACAUAGUUCAGCAGCUCACCGGUUCACCAUUACGCGACCAGCCCCCUAGGCCUCCCCAAACCCACCCGAAACCCCCCAAUAACCGGUUACAGAGAGUCCGCCCCCCACCCCUGGCAUCGACCGGUAGGCCUCAGCUCCCCUUUCAUCCUCAGCCCCCAAUGCGAAUGCCUGCACAAGCUCCCAUGCCUUACCCGAAUAACCUAGGGAGACCUCCACCCCCGGCCCAGUUUGAUCAGCGUUCCCCCAACAUGUUGCUACCAUCCCCUCCUCCUGAUGUAUGGGGAAACACUGCUGAGUCUCCCAUUUCUGCCUACAUGAGAUACCUUCAAAACUCGAUCAUUGAUUCAGGUCCCAGACAACCCCAUCCUUACCCACAAGGCCAAAUGCAGCAUCAAGUUCCUGCACAAAAUCAACCACAGCCUCAUGCAUUUCCUAACCCGGCCAUGCCUCCGAGAGGAAAUGGACCUCCCACGAAUCUCCCAUCCCCUCGUUUCAAUGGUCCUCCACCCCUUCUUCCAUCGCCUCGUAUGAAUGGGCCAAUGCCCCCUCUUCCUUCACCAAGGGCAAACGGACCUCCGCCCCUUUUACCCUCCCCAACUUCGCAGUUCCUCUUACCUUCGCCUACAGGCUUCGUAAACUUGUUAUCUCCGAGAUCACCUUAUCCGUUGCUUUCUCCAGGGUUUGACUUUCCCCCGAUCUCACCCAAUUUCUCGUUCUCUGGAAUUUUAGGUCCCGGACCUCAUCCACCUCCCUCCCCUGGUUACGGAUUUCCUUUGUCCCCUUCGGGUUUCUUCCCUGUACCCAGUCCAAGAUGGAGGAACCAAUAACGGUUUAGUCGAGACUCGAGCACAGCUUCUCCUUCAGGGAUCAUGAUGUGGACUGCAAUACAAGACUUAAUCUUGAAAAUGUUUCAAGCCUUUGUACUCUUCCUCUUUACUUUUUUUUUUUUUUUUGGUUUUUAUUUGCUCACACAACUUUGUCUUCUUUGUAUUGCAAACUAUGUAACAGCUACUGUCUAGUCUUUAGAUGAUUGAGUAGAGAUUCCAAAGCCAACUCUAGUGCUUAGAUGAAGCUGCAGUAGGUAAGCAGAUAGUGUUGUAGAAUUUGCAAAGUUAUGUAGGUUGCCUCAUGUACACUUUAUUAUUUUUCAUCUAUAUGUUCAAUUGACAUUUCAAUUUUUCCA